GUACAUGUAUACAUUUGUUCCUUUUCGCUUUCUUUUAUCAAUUCUGAUCGCCCAUCGUCUUCUGUGGCCCUGUCCGAGUCGGUGACGCACUCACGCCGGUCGGUGCUCUCCGCAAUCCUCCCAGUCUGCAACCAGCAAUUCUCUGCCGCAGAUCACAGUGAGCUACUGCCUCUAGUCGCUUGUCUUCUGAUUCCAGAAAGUGGGGAACAAAUUAUUGGCAAUCUGGCAAUAAUUACUCUAUGACUCAAGCAGGUAUAGAAUUCAGAAUGGAAAAUGAAGGGAUUGCAAACUCGAAGAAACGAAUGAAACCCUCUGCGGAAACUGAAUCAAGCGAGUCUGAAGGUGCUAUAACAAAGGUUGCAGAAUAUGAAGCUGCAGUAAACACCACGGUUUCUGAACAAAUGGACCUAGAGAUUGCUCAAGUUCAUGAAAAGAUCAAUCGCUUUACUCAGCUGGUAUCGGAGAUGCUGGAAUCAGGGAAGUCCAUGCUGAAGGAAUUGAGUAAUGAAUUUGAAGAACGAAUGAUUUUAAUUCAUCAAGAACAGAUGGAGAAGUGGCAGGAAGAAAUCAAGGAACUGCGUUUGCUUGAUGCCUCAAAUGAGGAAGCUGAUGCGGUUUUACAGAAUGCCAAGUACCUAUUUCGACAUGUUCAUGUUGACUCGUGAAGGUCACGCCCGGUACGAGAAGGCAGGCACUCCAUCUUCCUCAGUUGCAUAUUUGCACGCACAACAGUUCAAUUAAUGGUGAUUGGUUUUGUUUAUUGCUUACAGAAAGAAAAAAGAAGGAUUGUUUUUUAAUUAGCUAGCUAGGGAAAUAAAGAAAAAUCUGGAUGAGAAAACUACAACAAGUGUUUGCGGGUGGAUAUGAUGCCUUCUUUUUGCUGCUCCAACUACGCCUCUGCCCACUCCUUUAAUAAGGAAAAAGACACAGCGUGGGGUUUGCGGGCUGGGGGGAGUUGGGGUCAAUCAUUAAUUUAUUAUUACAGAAGUAUUUAUUACGUAGUAUUAUUGUAUUGAUUAUUAUUUGACACAAUGACC